CCGAGGCGGCGGCUAUAAUAAGGUUCAUGGGAACCGAAAAAAGAAAAAAAUUGUAUCUACAAACCUAGAGCUCUUGAUACCAUGUGAAAUAAUGGGAAAGAGGUACUCCAAUAGGAGUCCUGACAGAUAUAUUUAUAAUAGAAGAGUUGCCAAAAUACAAAGUAUUCCUAAAUAGAUAUUAGGAAUAUUCCUAAAUAUCUAUUAGGUAGAUUCCUAAUUAUAUUAGCCUAUUACUUCUGCACUUUCACCAAACACUCCAACUUCUGCUUUUUCUCCCGGCAUGCCUUUGCCUUGGCCAUUGCCACGAUGACUUUGCCUUGACCAUUCUUGACGCUCACAAUGUGCCCAAGGACAGCCACGCCCCGUGUGGAAGAAGUAUUUACUUGCUAUUAAAAACAAGUGGAAGAAGUAUUUACUUGAUAGGUGAUGCAACUCGGAUUGGUGCAGUGGGUUGGUCAGUCGGAAGAUGAUGAAACUUGGAUUGAGUGCAGCAGUUCCACCAACAGUUCCCUUACUUCAACCUUGGGGGCAAGGUUAUUUUAGAGGGGGAGGAAAUUGUUAGAGAACGGGAGGCAGUUGGGCCGAUGCUCCAGGAGGGGGCAACUGGGCCACUACUUCAGGAGGAUGGGCCUCACCCAUUAUUGGUAUACCGUCGCCGCCAGCAGGCCUAGAUGGGCCAGGUUAACUGCCGGGUUUUAUUACUCUAUUUCAUUCAAUUGUUAUUUCUAAUAAACUGUUGGGCCUAGAUGGUCAUAUUUUAUUAUUAGGUUAUUGGGCCUAGAUGGCCAUAUUUUAUUAUUAGAUUAAGGAGUAUUUAAGGAGGUCUUGUAAACUAUUAUUGAUUAUCGAGAAUAAAUAUUUUGGUUUGAGCCUAAGGUUGGGGAGACGUUAAUAUCGUCUGCUAGGGUUUUUCUGCUUCUAUCAAAUACCCAUAUUCUAACCAGGGAUUUGCUGUGGGACAUGUUUUAUAAUGCUAAAACAACAGCUGGAAGAACAUUUGCUCAAGGAAUUGUUGAAUCUUCCUGUGGACAUUCUAAAACCAUUUGCUGGAACGAAAGGUCUCAUCACACUUAAUUCGUGGAUAUUGUAUUCACUAGGAAAAGAUGGGACCAAGUACACACAAUAUAAAAGUGGUGCGGCUGACUCGAAAUCAGAUGUUGAACCAUCAAGCUCUCAAGGUUCGGUAGGAAGGAAAAAUACUACAGUUGUUGGAAGCCAGAAUUUCCCAUUGCCUGAUGAGGAAAAGAAUGAUAUUGCUGCCGCAGAAGCAGCUCGUACUGCUGCUCGUGCAGCCGCCGAUGUUUGUCUAAUUGUCUUUGUUAUCUCCCUUUGGUACAUUUAUAAGCGAUUACUGAAUAAGUAAUUAAAUUAAACAAUUGUUACUGACAUCUGAAAGUGGCUAUAAAGCCGUUUUAGCACCCAGUGGACUUAGAACCUUUGUAUUGGAGCAGUUUGCUCUAGCGGCAAUAGCAGGCGCAGGGCGCUAAAAAUCUAAAAUGCUAUAGUGAGCACUUGCUUGGCUUUUCUAUUCUCAAAUUUGAGACAAGAGAAAGUGGUACAAUUAUUAAUAAAAGUGGAUUUAUGUG